GAUUUGCGGCCUCUGAGGAAAGCUGGUCAGGCUCGUCUCCCCCCGGGUGCUGUCGGCGGGCGCCUUGAGUGUGCUCUGAUCGCCUUGGAUGAUGGCCUGCAUCUGACAUUCCCCUCGGCUCUUCUCAGCUCUCCUGAGGCCACGGCUGUCAGCUCCCCUGGUCCUGAGCACUUGCCUGGAACCACCGGGUCUGCCACACCUUCUCCAGCUGAUCCUUGUCCUGUUGCGUUGUGCGUCCGCCCUCUAUCCACACCACCCCUUGUGCCUGCUCUUCCUUCUCCCCUCUUCUAGCAUGCCUCGUGGCAGGCGCCCUCGGCAGGGCCCUCGCAAUCCCAUUCGGGCGGCCGCCAAUUAUGCCAAUGCACACCCUUGGCAGCAGAUGGACCAGGCCUCUCCUGGGGUGGAGUACACCCCUCUUGUGGACCCCUGGAUUGAGCGGCCCUGCUGUGGGGAUCCUGUGUGCGUGCGCAUGACCAUGGAGCAGAACAACACAGCUAGUGCUUCUGCAGGUGGUAAACCCACAGAAAGGGGCCCACUGGCUGGACGCAUGCCUGGCCCGUGGCCUCUCAGGAUGGACUUCCAUUGGGUGCCUGGCUCAGACCCAGGCACAUUUGAUGGCUCUCCAUGGCUACUGGAUCGCUUUUUGGCUCAGCUGGGUGAUUACAUGUCCUUCCGCUUUGAGCACUACCAGGACCACCUUAGUCGUGUCUGUGAGAUCCUUGGACGCUUGACUGGUCGAGCCCGGGCUUGGGCAGCACCCUACCUGAAUGGGGACCUGCCCUUACCUGACAAUUAUGAGUUCUUCUGCCAGGAUCUUGAGGAGGUUAUUCAAGACCCAGUCAAUUUUGCUGAGUACCAUGCUGCAGUGCCCUGCCCUCUGCCCCCAGCAUCUAGCCAGCCACCAGUGGCCCCACAGCUGCCUCUGGUGAGGCAAUACUUAGCUAGGUUCUCGGAGACCCUGGCACUCAAUAUGGGCACUGCUCCCAGGCCAGUCCCAGCUGAAGCAGCUGGGACUAACACUACAUCUGGAAAUGCUCAGCCUGUGCGGCAGCUGCCCAAAGAGAGUGCCCCUGUGUCCCAAGAACCUCCUACCCAGGCCAGUUCUGUAUGUGGCCCUGAUUCUGAUUCUGUGGGGCCAGCUGCCUCCCACACAGAAGAGGCAGCCCCCAAACCUGUCCCUAAACCUUCAGAAGCCCAGAAGCUAGAUGUAGCUUCCCUAGGGGAUUCAGAACCCCAGAAAGCAGAGGAGGAGAUUUCUGAGACAAAGGGAGACCAGCGAGUGUCCCUGGGUACCUCACAGGAGGUGGCAGAUGUCCCAGAGAGCCCAAAAGAACCACCUGUUGUACAUCUUAAAUCCUUGGCUUCUGAACAUGAUCCAGACAGGUGCAACAGUGCCCCUUGUGAUGAAGUGACAUGUAUGACAGACCAACCCCAAGACCCUAUGGGACAGAGUGGUGCCCCCAGAUGAAUCCAAGUGAUGUCCCAGCAGUGUGAGAAGGUACAUCUGUUCUGGAGUACAUCCUGUCUGAAAAGCAAUUUUCCUAAGCCCCCAGAAGAAUGUGCACCUAUGUCCUCAUCCUCCAAUGGUGCUGGCUUCUGGCUACGUCACCACUUACCUGGAAGUGCCAUUUCACUGGACUGGUUCCCACAGAAUAGUUUUGUAGGUCAGCCCUAUGGGGUAAUUUGUCACCUACUGCUUGUGCAGAACACUUUCCUUAGUGUUUCUCCACACUGGCUGGUCAAUAUUAGUCAGUGGUUUGCUUUGCUUGCUCUUGACAGAACCUGCUCCUUGUAUGAUACUUGCUUUUCUUUUCUACUCCAGCAUCCUUGUCCCUGUGACCUCUGGCCUUCAGGCUGAAGUGCAAGGAGAAGGCAUGCUGUGUACUUUUUUUUUUUUUUUUUUGCCAGUCCUGGGGCCCAAACACUGGG